UGUAUGCGCCCUACGUAGUGCGCUCUAUAUCCAAUCAGAAGCUGUUUGGCACUCAGCCCGUGUUUACGCCAAGAUGACGGAACAGAGCGCUUCGCCGGAGGAUCCCUGGCAUAAACAGACAGACGGCGCUUUCAGCGACAGCUUUGACCACAACUUCUUUGCAGAAAGUGCCCGUAAGGGAUCAGUGGUCUCCAGAGCCAACAGUAUCGGAUCCACAAGCGCUUCUUCAGUACCAAAUACAGAUGAUGAAGACAGCGACUACAAACAUGAGACCAAGGACUCGUAUAAAGACCGCAGAAGACAAGCACACACACAGGCUGAGCAGAAACGCCGAGACGCUAUUAAGAAAGGCUAUGAUGACUUGCAGUCCAUCGUACCCACCUGCCAGCAGCAGUCUGAGUUCGCCAUGGCUGCACAGAAAAUCAGCAAGGCCACGGUGCUGCAGAAAACCAUAGAUUACAUUCAGUUUCUUCAUAAAGAGAAGAAGAAGCAAGAAGAGGAAGUGUCCAUGCUGAGGAAGGAAGUGAUGGCGCUGAAGAUUAUGAAAACGAACUACGAGCAGAUCGUGAAGGCUCACCAGAACAACCCUCAGCAGGGCAGCGAGCAGGUGUCCGAUCAGGUCAAGUUCAGCGUGUUUCAGAACAUUAUGGACUCUCUGUUCCAGUCGUUCAUCACCUCAGUGUCCGUCAGCAGCUUCCAGGAGCUCUCGGCCUGCGUCUUCAGCUGGCUCGAGGAGCACUGCAAACCGCAGACGCUGAGGGAGUUUGUGGUGGGUGUCCUGAGGCAGCUGAAUGGCCAGCUGUAUUAAUGCGCUGGAGAUGUCUCUCACACUCAGGAUGUGGAGUUCACAGAGACUUCAGGUUGCUGUACUUCUACCAAAGGCACAGAUUAUUAUUAUUAUUAUUAUUAUUAUUAUUAUUAUUAUUAUUAUAGGGCCUCAAGUGCCUGUCCCACAAUGCAACAUGAUACACACUGUGCCACUUGGUUUUCUGCAGUGUAAGUAGUUAAGAGUGUUAGCCCAAGUGACAGGUGAAUGUGGUGUGACUGGGGUUGAAAUAUACAGAAAUACAGACAAUUUAUGCCUCUGUAUAAGGCAGAAGAUAUAGUGGUUAAUAAGCUUGUUUAUAAUUAAAGGUUGCAUUGUGUGACAAAAUACAGCCACGUGGACUGGGGUGUGUUCCAGCUUACAUGAGUGGGUGAUUACAAGAUGAAUAUUUAGCAAUUCCUAAAAAUUGGUCGACCUGAUAUUAUACACAGUAUAAUAUUCAUGCUAAUGCUCAAUGUACUACUUUUAGAUCUGUCUUUAUUCACUUCAUCCAAAUCACGGUAUUACUGAAUCUACUCUGAGCACAGGACUCAGUACUCAGGCUCAACGGCCCACCAGUGACCCCGAAGGCCUCUAAGUGAAUGUCUUACCACUUUCAUCUGUGACAUACCCCUGUAGAAUGAUGCUGAUGAACCCUAGAUCACAGCCCCAUUUCAGUACAUAUCCUCCUGAUGACAUCAUAUCUCAGGCAUGAUAUGGACUCUAUCGUAUAUCUGAGCCACUUUCAGUCCAAAUUUAAACCACACAAACAUUAGAUAUGGUACAUUUAGUUUGGCCCCUUUUAGGCCCCGAUUCUAAAUGUCAUGACAAUUACACCACUGCUUAGUUUUGGACCACCACUGACCCACAGUCCACCUGCCAUUCUCAUAACUGACAUUUUGUUCCUAAACUUAGCCAUAUUUGGCCCAGAGUUAUCUGCUCUCUGAGGCUUUCUGGCAGUCCAGACUUUUGAACGCCUGACCUUCUGGUCUAAAGUGUAGUAACUUCAACUGAUGAACUCCCACUGCCCCAUUUACUUUAUAUCCUCUCAUCCACUUAUUCAGAGGGUGUGGCUACAUACAAAAGAUGUCUUUCCACUGAGAUUACAGAACCUUUUGAGGAACUUAAGCAGUCUGGAACUUCCCAAAUGGAAACUCCAGAGCCUUAGCGAAUGGGAUCUCUGGAACAUUCCCGAAUGGGAGGUCUGGAACCUCAGCGAAUGGGAUCUCUGGAACAUUCCUGAAUGGGAUCUCUGGAACAUUCCCGAAUGGGAGCUCCAGAACCUCAGCGAAUGGGAUCUCUGGAACAUUCCCAAAUGGGAGCUCCAGAAAUUUAGCGAAUGGGAGCUCCGGAACCUCAGGGAAUGGGAUCUCUGGAACAUUCCCGAAUGGGAUCUCUGGAACAUUCCCGAAAGGGCGCUCCAGAAACUUAGCGAAUGGGAUCUCUGGAACAUUCACGAAUGGGCGCUCCAGAAACUUAGCGAAUGGGAUCUCUGGAAUCGUCCCGAAUGGGGGGGUCCAUAAGCUUCCUGCAUGGGAGCUCUGGAACUUCUUUCCCACUCCAGGACAUGUUCUCAGAUGUUCAUCAUCUUUAUUGCUAACACUAGCUAGCUGGAUAACACAAUCUAACAGGAUUUAAAAAAAAAAAUCCCUGGAGUACAGUGACAAUGCUACAGCUACUCAGAAAUGUUCUCACAGCGGUAUCUCCUAGCUUUAAAAAAUCCACAAAAUGCAGUAUAUAAGGCCAAGGCUGUUUAACCGGCUUUAAUAUAAUUAAGCUGUUUUGAUCUUGUUGUGCAGGAAGGAAAGAGGAAGUGCUGAUCACGCCCACGCCAUGCGACUCUGUAUUGCUCGCUAACACACCCCAGUUCCAUGUGUUGUUUAUCAGCAGCUCUUUAAACCAAUGCAAUAAUGUCAGUGUUUAUUAUGCAUGUAAAGUGUGUGUGUGUGUGUGCUCUCUUGCUUACCUCUGAAUCAGACUCUCUUAUUAUCAGACCAGUCUACGGGUGUGAUCUCGAGAAUGUGAUCUACACUGAGUGAAAUGCUGAACUAUCACACGUUUGUGUUUUCUCUGUUACCUCAUAUUCAGAUCCCAAAGCACAACUUUAAUUACAGAACGGUGGUUCCAAGUGAGACCAAACGUAGCGAGUUGUACUAAUCCAAGAUGUAUAAAAAAAAAAAAAAAAAGGCAGCAUGAUUGUGAAGUGUGAGAAAAAACGAGCACAUUGGAUGCUCAUUCUGGUGCCUUGACUACUUUCUUAAACGUACACACCAAUCACAGGGGGAAAAAAAGGCGACAAAACCAGUCAAGAUGAGAAUUCCUUUGUAAAACUUUUAAUGUAAGUCAUUUAGAUGUUCUUUUAGAGUCACCCUUAACUUAAUAAAACACAUUUUUAUGAUUAAAUCGUCCCAGAGUGACAAAAAAAAGAGCUAGAAAAUUUCUUUGGACAAAAAAAAAAAAAAGAAAGCAAGUGUUAUGACAUCAUAAAAUAAGAGCCAAUCAGGUUCCAGUAUGCAAAUUAUGUUACACAGCACCAGUUUACUAGUGCAAGGGGCAUGAUGGUAGUUUUGGGGGCGUUUCUAAUUUGCAUUUUAUAUAUUUUUUUUUUUAUGAGAGUAAACAUUUUGUUGUCAUGUCAAGCUAUUUAUUAUUCAAUUUUAAAAGAUUAUCGUCUUUAAAACAAGUUUUGGGUGACUUUAAAUGGGUGUGCGUUCUCAUUUUAUUCAGUACAAAGACAUUUUUAUUAUUAUUAUUUUAUUUUUUUACAUCCACGGAUUAAGCCCAGUCCUGGCUCAAACAUGAAUGCUCUAUUUGAAUAAAUAAGAUGGUGACUAAAAUAAAAUGAGGAAAUGUUCUCAGGAAAACAGACUGCUCUGUACAUUCAGGACUUAUUUUAGUAAAAGAUGUUUAAUCAUUGCUGUGCUGGAAGAAAAGGGACUCUUUCUGUCUUUAGCCAUAUUGUGGACGCGCCACACAAUCGCAGCUCAAUGCAUCACAGACGCAGACACUCUGUGCUUAAGAUCUCUGCUGAUUGCAACCAGAGAAUAUUCUCCGUCAGAAUAUUUUUGUAUGAAUGCUCUUUGUAAUCGGAAAAUAAAUGUUUAAUGUUGAAACUUA